CUUCGCAUUGUUUAGGUCUUUUCUUUAGCGUUGAAGAUGCAGACCAUGCGUGUUGCUUUCCGCCCUGCGGCGACCAGCCGGUCGACCGUGGUGACUCGCGCCUCGGCCGUGGCCGCCCCCGCCAGCAUUCCCUACAAGGCCGCUGAUGGUAGCAGCAAGGGUACCCAGCAGCUGGCGCUGAAGGUCGCGGAGGACUCGGCCAAGGGUCUGGUGCACCGCUACCUGGUCAUGGUGCAGCAGAACGCUCGCCAGGGUACUGCCAGCACCCUGACCCGCUCGGAGGUGCGCGGUGGUGGCAAGAAGCCCUAUGCCCAGAAGGGUACUGGUAACGCUCGUCGCGGUAGCAGCGUCUCUCCCCUGUUCCCCGGCGGUGGUGUCACCUUCGGCCCCAAGCCCAAGGACUGGUCCAUCAGCAUGAACAAGAAGGAGCGUCGCCUGGCGCUGGCGACCGCUCUGCAGAGCGCCACCGCUGACAUGAUUGUGGUGGAGAGCCUGGCUGGCAAGCUGCAGGACACUAAGACGAAGUCGAUGGUGGCUCUGCUGGAGAAGCUGGGCGCCAACGCCAUGGAGCGCAAGGUGCUGCUGAUCACCAAGGAGGAGCGGCCAGAUGUGACCCUGGCCGGCCGCAACAUUGCCAAGCUGACCAUGAACACCGCCUCGGCCAUCUCCGUGUUCGACGUGCUGAACGCCGACCACAUCAUCAUUGAGGACGAGGCCCUGGCGCACGUGCAGUCGUUCUACGGCGCCGCCGCCCCCGCCUCCGCGUAAAUGCGCGAGCAGCAGCGGCGGCAGCAGCAGCGUUGAAGGCUGCGGCUGCUUGGCAGCGUUUGGAGCGGGAGUGGGAGUGGGAGUGGAGCAGCCGCAGCGGCGGAAGCAGCGGCGGGAUGAGCUCGGCAGGGCGCUGGCCCAGCGGCGGCGUGGAAGCCUUGUGUCGCUAUUGAACGCUGGAGCCGGGCGCUUGGGAGCUUUGAGAGCGGCCGCGCGCGUGGCGGGUAACUGGCGUCAGCGGUUGCAGCCGGAGAGCGGCUGCGGAGUGCUUACAGCAGGGGGCCGUCAAGGGCGGCGGGCAUGGCGGGCAAACUAGUGCAGCGGCAGCGCGCGUGUGGGCAAGCGAGGGCGGUCCAGAUACCGCGGCUGUCGGACCUGCCAGCGUAUUGCAUCCCGUAUAACCGCUUGGCGGUGUGGGCAGGAGCUGGCGGCCUAUGCAUGUUUGAUGGCCGCGUGCUGGAGCACAGAGGCCGCGGCUCUGUUGCGCAUGGCACGGGCGGGCGUGUUGUCGGCGAUUUUGUUUUUCCAGCAGCCGGCGUGGCACGUUUUCACCCGCCCGUGUACAGUGCCAGCAGAGCACGGGCGGCAGUGGUGGUGUUGGACCAAGCACCACGGCUGGUGGGUUGAAUAGGAGUCAAGAGAGCUUAGUUUAGGAUGGCCUGGCCGGCCUUGGCCGUACGUCCAGCUCGGACAUUGUAGUACGCACAAAUGGGAGGCGUUUGCCCUCGCCUGCCCCAUACGUGGCGCUCGUUGGUCUAGAAGCGGCGCAGGGCGGCCGUCAAGGAGGAAGAUUGUGAGCUGUGGCGGGGAACGGUGCAUGAGCACAAGAUAAGAUUUGGUUGUAAACCCAAAUGUUCAAUCCAUCGGUGCCCUUCUAGCCCAAAACAGGGCUUGGGGAAACGACCGUAUGUGAGAAUGGUUGGGACAGCGGGCACCCCUGGCGGGCCGAAACCCUGCAGUCCGCAGCACUGGCACACCUCGCAGCCCAGCGAGCCUUUCACCGGUGCGGUAUACUCGAGUGUGAGUGCAACUGCUGAGGCUGCAGCGUUGAGACGCGUUGCGUGCCGUACUUCGCCGUUGAUCUGAUGCUUUGUGAGGGCCUCGCGGCCACUGGGUAAAGGUUUGGGACGAGGGGGGAUUUAGCUCAAGACCUGUUAUCCGACAUGGCUGUGUCGGCGGAUGUAUGCAGUUGUAUUGCGGAUAUUUGCACGCACACCCCUGGUGCAGAGCUAGCAGCUUGCACGGUUGCACCUGCCACCGUUAUUCCGCCUUGUGCAGCUGCUGUCUUCUAGCACAGAUCACUGUGGAAAGUUCACCACACUCUUAUGGUCG